UCAUUCAGUAUCAAAACAUGCUGCAGCCGUCGUCGUUGUUUCCUCAAAUAAUCUGAAUUAAUUUCAGAUUUUCGUGAAAUUGUCCACUCAUUACGAUAAUUCUGGAAAUCUGCAGCAGAAAACAUGCUGGACAAAGCGAUGUUGAUAUUCGUACGCCAGAGCGUUCCUCGCCCGGCUCUUCUGUGGGCGCGCAGUUUCAGUGCCAAAUUCUCGGAGAACGUUUCGGACCGGAAGGAACCGCAAUCGAACGAAAAGCUGAUCAAAGUGGCCAUCAUCGGUGUUCCGAAUGCUGGCAAAAGCACACUGAUCAACCAUCUGAUUGACCACCGGGUCUGUCCCACAUCGAUGAAAGUGCACACGACGCGAAGCACGGCGAAGGCCAUUCAAAGCCGCGCCAAUUCCCAGAUGAUUCUGUUCGACACGCCCGGAUUGGUGGGAGAACGCGAUGCCAAGAAGCACCAUAUCGAUGCAAAUUUCCUCUCAUCUUGCCGGCAUGCCGUGCAGCAUUCGGACCUGAUCGGAGUCGUGCACGAUGUGUCCAACUCGUGGAACCGAAACGCCCUGAAUCCCGUGAUGGUGGAUGUCCUGAAGAGCUACAGCCACAUCCCCAGCUUCUUGAUUCUGAAUAAAAUCGACACUCUCAAAUCGAAGCGAAUCCUGCUGGACAUCGUGAAGAGCAUCACGAACAACGAGCUGGAGAGCAUCAAGAACUAUCGCAUCAAGAAGCGAAAGAGUUCACAGGAGAAAGCCCCCGCGGAAGUAAAACCCAAAAAACCUGUUGAGGCGGAAGGAUGGCCACACUUUUCCGAAAUUUUCAUGGUUUCCGCUUUCACCGGGGAUGGCCUGAAGGAAGUGAUGAGUUUCAUUUACUCCCACGCCAAGAGCGGCCAAUGGGAACACUUGGCCACGGAAACCACUGAUCAAACUCCGGAACAACUAAUCGUUCAAAGCGUACGAGCCCGUCUCCUGGAUUAUCUCCCCCAGGAAAUCCCAUACGCGUUGAAAACCGAGCUGGAGUUCUUCGAGAACAUCAACGGGAAGAUGUUUGCCAGCGCGGUUGUUACUUGCCCCAGUGAACGAAUCGAACGGUUGGUGUGCGGCGAAGGGAACGGAAAGCUACGGCAGAUUACCGAGCGCGUCACGUCGGACUUGAUUGAAACGUUUGCCGUUCCGAUUGCGCUGACGAUCGUCACCAGGGUGAAGAGUAAGGAAAAAUGAUUUACCAGUAAGAGGAUGUAUUGCUGUGUGCGUUUGAAAUGCAAAUAUCAAAUGCGGGAACACCAAAUGCGGUAAGAU